CCUCGUCCCGCCUGAGCUCUGGAGGGGCAAGAGCGGAGCGGAGGGCCGGCCUCCUGCCGCGAGAGCGGCCGCGCGAGCAGCUGGAGGAGGAGCAGCGGCGCUGGGCUUCUCCCUGCCGGCGUCCCCAGCAUGGUUGACUAUAUUGUGGAAUAUGACUAUGAUGCUGUACAUGAUGAUGAAUUAACUAUUCGAGUUGGGGAAAUCAUCAGGAACGUGAAAAAACUACAGGAGGAAGGAUGGCUAGAAGGAGAACUAAAUGGGAGAAGAGGAAUGUUUCCUGAUAAUUUUGUUAAGGAAAUUAAGAGAGAGACAGAAUCCAAGGAUGACAAUUUGCCCAUCAAACGGGAGAGGCAUGGGAAUGUAGCAAGUCUCGUACAACGAAUAAGCACCUAUGGACUUCCAGCUGGAGGAAUUCAGCCACAUCCACAAACUAAAAACAUUAAGAAGAAGCCCAAGAAGCGUCAGUGUAAAGUUCUCUUUGAGUACAUUCCACAAAAUGAGGAUGAACUUGAGCUGAAAGUGGGAGAUAUUAUUGAUAUUAAUGAAGAGGUAGAAGAAGGCUGGUGGAGUGGAACCCUGAACAGCAAGUUGGGACUGUUUCCCUCAAAUUUUGUGAAAGAAUUAGAGGUAACAGAUGAUGGUGAAACUCAUGAAGUCCAGGAAGAUUCAGAAACUGUUUUGACUGGACCUACCUUAUCUUUACCCUCUCCGGGGACUGGGAAUGAGACUGCACUUGGAUCAGUUACACAGCCAAAGAAAAUUCGAGGAAUUGGAUUUGGAGAUAUUUUUAAAGAAGGCUCUGUGAAACUUAGGACAAGAACAUCUAGUAGUGAAACAGAAGAGAAAAAAACAGAAAAGCCUUUAGUCAUACAGUCACUGGGAUCCAGAACUCAGAGUGUGGAGAUAACAAAAACAGACACUGAAGGUAAAAUUAAAGCUAAGGAAUAUUGUAGAACAUUAUUUGCCUAUGAAGGUACUAAUGAAGAUGAACUUACUUUUAAAGAGGGAGAGAUAAUCCAUUUGAUAAGUAAGGAGACUGGAGAAGCUGGCUGGUGGAAGGGUGAACUUAAUGGUAAAGAAGGAGUAUUUCCAGAUAAUUUUGCUGUUCAGAUAAAUGAACUGGAUAAGGACUUUCCAAAACCAAAGAAACCACCACCUCCUGCUAAGGGUCCAGCCCCAAAGCCUGAGCUGGUAUCUGCAGAGAAGAAGUAUUUUCCUAUAAAAGCUGAAGAAAAAGAUGAAAAAUCAGUGCUGGAACAGAAACCAUUUAAACCAGCUGCUCCACAAGUCCCACCCAAGAAGCCUACUCCACCCACCAAAGCCAAUAAUUUAUUAAGAUCUGGAACAGUGUACCCAAAGCGACCAGAAAAACCGGUUCCUCCACCACCUCCUGCAGCCAGGAUUAAUGGGGAAGUGUCAACCAUUUUAUCAAAAUUUGAAACUGAGCCAGUAUCAAAACCAAAGCUAAAUUCUGAACAGUUACCACUUAGACCAAAAUCAGUAGACCUAGAUUCAUUUACAGUUAGGAGCUCUAAAGAAACAGAUCUUGUAAAUUUUGAUGACAUAGCUUCCUCAGAAAACUUACUGCAUCUCACUGCAAAUAGACCGAAGAUGCCUGGAAGAAGGUUGCCUGGCCGCUUCAAUGGUGGACAUUCUCCAACUCAAAGCCCAGAAAAAAUCUUAAAGUCACCAAAAGAAGAAGAUAGUGCCAAUGUAAAGCCAUCUGACUUUAAAAAGGAUUCAUGCUACUCUCCAAAGCCAUCUGUGUACCCUUCAACACCUUCAAGUGCUUCUAAACCAAAUACAGCUGCCUUUUUAACUCCGUUAGAAAUCAAAGCUAAAGUAGAAGCAGAUGAGGGGAAAAAAAAUUCCCUGGAUGAACUUAGAGCUGAGAUGAUUGAAUUACUGUGCAUAGUAGAAGCACUGAAAAAGGAACAUGGGAAAGAACUGGAAAAACUACGAAAAGAUUUGGAAGAAGAGAAGGCAAUGAGAAGUAAUCUAGAGGUAGAAAUAGAGAAGCUGAAAAAAGCAGUCUUGUCUUCUUGAAGUGGCACGGACCCAGUGCUUUUAAUCUUACAGGGAUUCAGAAGCAACACUAUGAAUUUCAACUGACUUGUUACUUAAAAAUAACAAAUGCUGAUGUUGUGAUAAAUAUGAAUAUGUGAACUAUAAAAGAUCUUUAGAAAAGUAAGGGGAGGGUUAGUUUUAUAUAUAUUUUGUUUUGCCAAUAUGAAAAAUAAGAGGCCUUAUUUCUUAUGUGCUGGGAUUGCAAACUUUUUUUUAGUUUGCUUGGAAAUACUACUGAAUCUGUAUAAAAAGGAAAGUUCACAAUAGUUUUUUUAUUGAAACUUGUACUAUUAUUUUUAAAGAGAUCUAUACUAUAAAUAUGGUGAUAUCUUUACAAAUAAUCUGUAAAGUGUACUAAAGAGGGAGAAAUUAGCUUUAUAGUAACUAUAGUCACUACUUUUCCCAUACAAAAUACAUAAGGGAUAUAAACUUUGUGUGUGUAUAUGUAUAUAUAUAUAUUUUCCACUUUUACUCUUUACCCAGGAUUACACUGUUGUGCCUGUUCGUUUGCAGUGCUGUUUAUACUUUGGGUGAUGAAAUAAGAGUUUCCUGGCUAUGUACCAGAUUAUUCACCCAUGCGUAUAGUAAUAACUAAUGAAAUAAUCAAAAUAAUUUCUUCAGCUUUUAGAAUAUUUUAUAUUGCUUGCACUAUAGGAUUCAUGAAAGGAAUUUAGUUUUAAGAUGUAUUGGAUUGUUAAAUAUAUUUGGGAAAAUGAGCUGUAUUUUAAAUUCAUUAGGUCUAAAGAACUAAAAAUGUCAAUUUAACCCUUAAUGCAUUGUGCCUAGAAACUACAGCACAUAUAAUAUGCAAACACCAGCUUCAUUGCUGUACUUUUCUGCUUAUUUUCAGGCUUAAACAUUAUUCAUUUCAUCAUCUCGUGACUUAAUUCUUUAUGCCCCUCCCUCUAACUUUUAAUAGUAGUAAUAUUAGGAAAACAAAACAAAACGUUCAGAAGUUCAGUGUGAAGUUUCAUACUUUGACAAGUUAUUGUGUAAAUACUCAGGUUACAAGUGUAAUUUACCUAAUAGACCAAACUAAGUGGUGGAGUUACUUUGGGCUGUCAUUUAGGAACCAACUUUAUAAAGAGUGUUAGUAUAUCAUAAAAUGUAACAUUGUCGUUUAUUUAAAGCCAAAUAUAGUUGACCAUAUUCAAAAUGCAUUUUCAUAAAAUGGAUGGAUUAGCGGUCCCUUCGGAGUCACUUAUGAAAAGUUGAAAAUUUAAAAAUGUUAUAUCUAUAGUCUCAAAACAUGGGGUUUUAUAUUAAAGGUAGGAAUUUGACUUUUUUCAUUUGCAAAAAAAUACAUUUUAAGAUUUAUUGUAGCAAGUGACUUUCAGAUUUUGAGUAACAUCUGUCAUCCCAAAGUAACAUUUUAUGUUACUUUAAACCACCAAAUCAAUAUUUUUCCUUUAAGUUUUGAUCUUAUAAUACUGAAACCUUAUGUGAAUGACAUUUUGUCAGGUUGUUUCAAAUGAAAGAACUGAAAUAGAAAAUGAUAGAAAUUCCAGUUCAUAAUUACUUAAUGUUAAAUUCACAACUCACAUUAGUGCUUUUGGAGAAACUUGAUUGUCUUGAAUAUGUACAUUUUAACUCUUUAAAGUCCUUAGGCUCUUCAAAUGAGGUCACUACUGAACAAAAUUGUUUAGUCCUAUCUAAUGUUUCUAAAUGACUUGUCAAAUGAAUGAUUUCCUUGUUAAAUAAGUUAGCUCUUACUUUCUUUUAAUGAAAGUCCUUAGGUAGAAAUAAAAACAAUAUAUCCUAGAAAUCAUUCUCAAACUUUCUGUUUGGAGAAAUCUGUUAAGUGAUCCCUCUUCACCCUAAUGAUGGGAUGGGGGAAGUUUCCAGCAGAUUUCAGACUGUUCUUAAAAUUUUUUGUUGGUCAUUUUCUCAUUGGUAUAUAUAAUCAAAACGGUCAUGAGUAUGGAAAUACAUUUAAAGUAUUUGCUUAUAUACUUCUUCAGUCAGAAUAGAAAAGUAAUUAAAAUACUAUUUCUAUUUUUCUGCCUUUGACCAAAUAUAAAAGAAAACCAAACAAACUCAGACUCAAAGGGAAAACUGAUUAUUUUUUACCUAGCAAUUUACCAGUAUUUGUUCUUAUAUGGGAAUUUUAUUAAUUCUUGUUCCUAAAGUUUAUGUCACAAAAUGUUAUGUAAUAAUAAUAGCCUUUACUUGUGGGUAAAUCAUUAUUUUUUUCUGUGAGUGAGUAUAAAUGACAGAUGUGGUAAAUAGCACGGAAUCUGUCAUUGCCAAAUUAUUAAUGAGUGUAUUGUUGAGGUUUGCUAUUCUUUGAAACAUACAAUAUUACUAAUUUUUCUUAUUGUAUUUCAAUAUUAGAAGCACUGUGUUGCGUGCAUGUGUGACAACUAAGCUUCUUUACAAAAUUUAAGUCUGAAACCUACAUAAUUUAAGUCUGAAGAUAGAAUGAGCCUGGUGUAACAGAUGGUUCUCUUUUAUUAUAUACUUCUUACUGUGAUCAUAGAAAAAAAACCCAAGUGCUCUCAAGAUUUAUUGGUAAACAUUUUAUGCUUGCAUUUAAACUUGAAACAUAUGAACAAAAUGAGACAAUCAGUUAAAAUCAGAAAUGAGAAGUGUUAAAAAGUUAAUGGCCUUGUUUUGCUGUAGCAAUAAAAUGACCAAGUGCAAUGACUUGAUUUAAUAAAAUCAUCUUUUAAAAGUUGCUGCUAUGAAUAUUUUAGCCAUAAAAUUUUACCCUUGUUUUCACUUGACUUGCCUUCAGUAAUUAUUAUGUAAUGCAGUUGGUGUUGUAGUAUUCUAACAUUCCAGAGUAGGAGGUAUGGGGAUUUUAUAUAUAUAUGGGGAAACUCAAACUCAAAAGCCACUCACUUGUUUACAGGUGCUGUAUAAAAGCAUGCUUCUCUUUCAAAAAGAAAAAUUAAUAAUAAAGAAUAGUAUUGCCAGUUG